AUGAAAACACGGCGGAGGGAGUACUUCUCUGAGGAUAGUCUAACCGUUUCCCGACGCAAAUCUCGAGCUUCGACCUCAUCAACGAAUGCAAAAGAAGAAAACUCAGAGACGACGAUCUCAACUGAUCUCAUCACCGAAAUCCUCUUGAGAUUGCCGGGGAAGUCUGUAGCGAGAAGUCGAUGUGUAUCAAAGCUCUGGAACUCCACUCUUCGCGAUCCGUAUUUCACUGAGCUCUUCUUGACCAUGUCUUUGACUCGUCCUCGGCUCUUGUUCUCCUUCGUGAAACACCGUGAGCUCUACUUCUUCUCGGCACCUCAAGGUGAGAGCUCCUCGUCUCCUGUAAGCGCAGAUUAUCAUGUCCAGUUCAAAUUAGAAGAUUCAUACAGAGUUUGUGGUCAUAUCCUUGGUUUGGUCUGCCUUACUGAUCACCGAGACGGGAAUGGAAGGAAAGAAACGGCUCAUGUGAUAUGGACUCGAAAACUUGAAUGGAGAAUGAUCGAAUGUGGCAUUCCAAGUCAUUAUCCUACUAGAUGCGGGAUAUGCAUCAAUGGUGGUGUGUAUUAUGAAGCUUGGGUCAAAAACUCGGCUCUUGUGAUAGUUUGCUUUGAUGUGAGGUUGGAGAAGUGUAGAGUUAUUAACGCAGCUGAGGGCAUGGAUCUAAGUCUUGGUACUCUUACGCAGAGAGGCAUGAAUGGUCGAAGAAGUAUCCGUAUUGCCACUGCCUCUGUGAAGAGUGUAGCUGGAAAGGCCACGUUAUACAUUGUUGGAGUGGCUGGUGGUACCGAUGAAGUUGUCUUGUGGUCGCGAUCUGUACGUGCUCCGUUGUAUGUUUACUACUACAACAUGGAGAGGAACACUUUCAGAAGAGUUGAGAUCAAAGGAAUGGACGCGCGGUUAGGUACUAUUUCGGUUGCAUGA